AUGGCAGGCUCCGGCGAAAGCGCGAGAACUACGGCGGCGUCGCCUCCCGGGCCGCCCCCCGGGUUCGGCGAGGGUGCCCCGCCGGACAACGCUCUGCACGCCCUGGGCUUCGAGUUCACCCGCAUCACCGGGAGCGAGGUCCUCGGCCGCCUCGCCGUCACCGAGACCUGCUGCCAGCCCUUCAAGAUUCUCAACGUCGGCGUCUCGGCGCUGAUGGCGGAGUCGACGGCGAGCAUCGGCGGGUACAUGGCGUCCGGGUACCGGAGAGUGGCCGGCGUGCAGCUCUCCAUCAACCACCUCAAGCCCGCCCGCCUCGGCGACCGCAUCGAGGCCAAGGCGAACCCCAUCCAGGUCGGCCGCAACGUCCAGGUUUGGGAGGUCCAGAUAUGGCUGUUGGAUCCUAACACAUCGGAGCACAAAGAUUUGGUAUCAUCAGCAAGGGUUACCCUACUAACCAACUUGUCAACACCAGAGGAAAUGAAGAGCUAUGAGAAGGGCAUCAAGAAAUAUGCAAAGCUUUAG